AUGUACGAAAACAAGGAGGAAAACAAGAGCAUGAAACGAGGGGCGGCUGCUGCAGCACUCGACUCCGUGCUGGGCGCGGUCACUGCUUGUGCGGAGAAGAAGGGGAAGAUAACAGAAUUCUUCGGCGACGAGGCAACGUGCGCCAAGGAGGACGCGGAUAACGCGCUUUGCCUAAUGAUCUCGGCGCUGAAGCUUCCAGAGCGCAUCGUGGAUGAUCCGGUCUUCCGCUACGCGGUCCAGUGCUUUGCGCGCGCGGGACCGGGGUAUGUUCCCCCCAAGAGGGGCUACGUUGGAGGGGCGGGCUUGAAGAAAGUGCGGCAGAAAAUGGAGGCAGCGCUCGCCCCCGUUGCCGCGAGCUGGAAGCGGGACGGUGUCACCGUGUCGUCGGACAUGAUGACCGACCGUUGUGGCCGCCCGCAGGCCAACAUACUCCUUGUCAACGACUCCGGCGCAGUUUUCGAGCAGGCCGUGGACUGCAACAUGGAGUCGAAGACGGGGGGGUACAUCGCCAGCCUUCUCCGCCCCGUCAUUGAUAAGGUGGGGCCAGAGAAUGUGGUGGCGGUCUGCACCGAUGGCGGCAGCAACUAUGCAUCGGCAGCGCGGAAGAUUGCUGGCACAUGGCCGCACAUUGAGCAUGUGCCAUGUGCCACGCAUGUCCUGGACCUGUUAAUGGAAGUUGUGGGCAAAAUGGGAUGGGCGAAGGGGCUUGUGGAGAAAGGAGGGGAGAUGAUUACCUUCGUGCGCAACCACCACUUCACCCGUGCCUAUAUGAAGAAAGUGGGGGGGAAGCAGGUGCUCAAGCCUGCGGGAACCAGGUUCGGGACACAAUACAUAGCCAUGGCCCGGCUAUGUGAGGUGAGGAGUGGGCUGGCGGCGAUGGUGCUCAGCGACGAGUGGAAGGUGUGGGCAGCGGGGGACAAGGAUAGGAAGACUGCAGCCGAGAAAUUCAGGGCUGCUGUGAUGGAUGAGGAGUGGUGGGGGGUGGCGGAGUUCUUUUCCUCUCUCAUGGCGGUGCCAUUCAAGGCCAUGCGGGCCACGGACUCUUCCGCGAAAGGCAUGAUGGGCGACUUCUUGACUCGGACAGAGAGGGCAGACAUCACCAAGAUUGUGAAGGACAGGUGGGACAACUCCCUUGCCUGCCCCAUGCAUGUGGUUGGCCGGAUCCUGAAUCCGGCCAACCAGGAGGAGGGAAUUUUCAGGAACGAUGUGGAGUGCACGAGGGUGUUCAAGGACUACAUCGAGCGCCACUAUGACCACGUCACCUUCAGGCGCGGCAAGGAUGGUGCCCCUCGCCGCGCCUCCCUUGUGCUGCAGGAGGCAUUGCUGGCCUACAUCAACUUGGAGGGCAGUUUUGGCAAGCUGAGCGCCAUAGCUGCAAGGGAGGCAGUGAAGAAAGGGGAGAUGAGCAUGGUGCAGUGGUGGUCGUGGCACAACACCGAGUACCCUGAGCUUGCCACCCUCGCAUGCCGGAUUCUCACUCAGCCCGUCUCGGCUUCUUCAUGCGAACGUGGCUGGGCGCAGUGGGAAGGCGUCCACACCGCCCGCCGCAACCGCCUCGGGUCCGCCAAGUGUGCGGACCUGGUUUACAUUGCGCACAACUGGAACGUUGUGCGCAAUUGGUACAACAAGGAUGGGGCCAGCACGGUUGUGCACGGGAACAUCCCGGAUGCCCCUAUCCCCCGCGGCUACAACAUGGACGAGGAGGAGGAGGAUGACCUGCUGGGGGGGGAAGGAGAUGAUGCAGUGCUGGCGGAUGAGUAUGGGGAAGGGGUGGUGGUGGAAAAGCCCCGCAAGGAAAUAGGCUGUGGGGAAGCUCGCUAG